ACCCCCAUGUACUUCUUCCUCAGGCACCUGUCCGUCCUCGACCUCUGCCUCAUUUCCGUCACCGUUCCCAAAUCUGUCACCAUCUCCUUGACUAAUAACAGCUCCAUCUCCUUCUUGGGCUGUGUGGCUCAGCUCUUACUGGUGAUCUUGUUUGCUGCUUCGGAGUAUUUUGUCCUCACGGCGAUGUCCUACGACCGCUUCGCCGCCAUCUGCCGCCCCCUGCACUACGAGGCCAUCAUGGACCAAGGGGCCUGUGAGAAGAUGGCUGCCGCCUCCUGGCUCAGCGGAGGGUUGUUAGGGGUCCUAUUUUCAGCUUCGACAUUCUCCCUGUCCUUCUGCGGGUCCAACAUCGUCCAGCAGUUCUUCUGCGACGUCCCCUCCCUGAUGAAGAUCUCCUGCUCCAAGGACUACGUCGCCAUUGACGUGAGCGUGACCGUUGGGAUAGCGUUAGCCGUCGUCUGCUUCGUCGGUAUCGUCAUCUCGUAUGUGCGCAUCUUCCGGGCCGUGCUGAGGAUGCCAGCUGCCGAGGGCCGGGCCAAAGCCUUCUCCACCUGCCUGCCUCACCUCGGCGUCAUCACUCUCUUCAUCAUGACUUGUUUCUGUGCUUACCUGAAGCCUUCGUCAGGUUCCCCCUCGACAGUGGACCUGCUGGUGUCCGUGUUCUAUGCCGUGGUUACCCCCGCCCUGAACCCCCUC